AUUUUCUAGGGUUUAUCAGAUGGCCUCCUCAACAGCUCAGAUUCAUCCUCUUGGAGCCACCCCUUUUGCUACAACUAAUAACUCUACCAAAUCACUCUUAUUCGGCCAAGGUUUAAGGAAUUCUGUUUCCUUUUCACAAAAAAUAUCGUCUUUCAAGCUUAGCAAGACUAGAAGAAAUCGUGGUAAUGGUUCUCUUAGAGUCGUCGCUGAGAAGGUUGUGGGAAUCGAUCUCGGAACUACCAACUCUGCUGUUGGUGCGAUGGAAGGUGGGAAGCCUGUUAUUGUGACCAACGCCGAGGGGCAGAGGACGACGCCGUCGGUUGUGGCGUACACGAAGAACGGGGAUAGGUUGGUGGGACAGAUUGCUAAGAGGCAGGCUGUUGUCAACCCUGAAAAUACCUUCUUUUCGGUGAAGAGGUUUAUUGGGAGGAAGAUGUCGGAGGUGGAUGAGGAGUCCAAGCAGGUUUCGUAUACGGUGGUGCGUGAUGAGAAUGGAAAUGUUAAGCUUGAUUGCCCUGCUAUUGGGAAACAGUUUGCUGCUGAAGAAAUUUCUGCACAGGUUUUGAGAAAGCUUGUAGAUGAUGCUUCAAAGUUUCUGAAUGAUAAGGUCACAAAAGCUGUUGUAACAGUUCCUGCUUAUUUCAAUGAUUCGCAAAGAACAGCAACAAAGGAUGCAGGUCGCAUUGCUGGCCUUGAAGUUCUCCGUAUUAUCAAUGAACCUACAGCUGCCUCGCUAGCUUAUGGUUUUGAAAGGAAGAACAAUGAAACCAUAUUAGUGUUUGACCUUGGAGGUGGUACUUUUGAUGUUUCAGUUCUCGAGGUUGGUGAUGGAGUAUUUGAGGUGCUUUCUACUUCCGGAGAUACGCAUUUGGGUGGUGAUGAUUUUGAUAAGAGAGUAGUGGAUUGGCUUGCGGCAAGCUUCAAGAAAGAUGAGGGCAUAGAUCUACUAAAGGAUAAGCAAGCUCUGCAGCGCUUGACUGAAACAGCUGAAAAGGCUAAGAUGGAGCUUUCAACUUUGACUCAGGCAAAUAUUAGCUUGCCUUUCAUUACAGCCACAGCGGAUGGCCCCAAACACAUUGACACCACGCUUACAAGGGCAAAGUUUGAAGAACUAUGCUCAGAUCUACUAGAUAGGCUUAAAGCCCCAGUUGAAAAUUCUCUUAGAGAUGCAAAGCUAUCAUUCAAAGAUUUAGAUGAAGUUAUACUUGUUGGUGGUUCAACGCGUAUUCCAGCUGUUCAGGAAGUUAUUAAGAGCCUGACUGGAAAGGAACCAAAUGUAACUGUCAAUCCCGAUGAAGUUGUUGCCUUAGGAGCUGCAGUUCAGGCUGGUGUUUUGGCCGGAGAUGUGAGUGAUAUUGUUCUACUUGAUGUGACACCACUAUCUAUUGGGCUAGAAACUCUUGGUGGUGUGAUGACAAAGAUUAUACCUAGAAACACAACUCUCCCCACUUCAAAAUCCGAGGUGUUCUCAACAGCUGCUGAUGGGCAAACAAGUGUUGAAAUUAAUGUCCUUCAAGGUGAGAGAGAAUUUGUUAGAGACAAUAAGUCUCUUGGCAGCUUUCGACUUGACGGAAUCCCUCCUGCUCCACGUGGAGUUCCACAAAUCGAGGUGAAAUUUGACAUUGAUGCCAACGGUAUCCUGUCUGUCACUGCCAUUGAUAAAGGCACAGGAAAGAAGCAAGAUAUCACCAUUACUGGUGCCAGCACACUGCCAAAUGAUGAGGUACAAAGAAUGGUUAGUGAAGCAGAGAAGUUUGCAAAAGAAGACAAGGAAAAAAGAGAUGCGAUAGACACAAAGAACCAAGCAGAUUCAGUGGUUUACCAGACGGAGAAACAGCUGAAAGAAUUGGGAGAAAAGGUUCCUGUUGCUGUUAAGGAGAAGGUGGAGGAGAAACUUGGAUUGCUCAAGGAAGCCAUAUCUGGUGGCUCAACACAGACCAUCAAAGAUGCCAUGGCUGCCCUUAACCAAGAAGUUAUGCAACUUGGGCAGUCGCUCUACAACCAGCCUGGUGGGGCAGGGGGUCCUGCACCUGGUGAUGCCCCUGGUGCCGAGUCUUCAGAAUCAUCAUCAGCAGGAGGCGGCGGCAAGGGGCCUGAAGGAGAUGUGAUUGAUGCAGAUUUCACAGACAGCAAGUGAGGAGUUAUAUGACAUAAGCAAUCGAGGUAAUAAUAAUAAUAAGUUGAAGCCUUGGAUGUGCUCAUUUUGAUUGAAGUUGUGUAUACGGGUUUUUUUUGUCUUUUUUUUGCUUCAACUGGUUCGCAUUUUCCUUUUUCGUUCCAUUCCACGUCAGUGGCAGUUGUUUAGAGUUGAAAAAAGACUACUUUCAUAGCGAUUAGAGAGAAGUGAAAUGUAGGUAGAACCUUUUGGCACAUUGAUUUUAUUGUAAUCUUUUUGGCCGCUUGAGGAUGUCAUGGAAUUUGGUCCAUUUUUAA